CUUUGCUAGUAUACCAAUUUUUUGUCUUCUCCUUUCCAGUUAUAGUCCAAACAAGAAGGCUAAGAAACGUUGCAGCCSCUUUUGUGCAAACUUAAAAGGAGAUGUUUCUACAUCAAUCCAAGCCACUUUAUGUGGCUUUGUUUGUGUGUUUAUUUAGUUGUGUYGUAAUGGCCUCGGCACCUAUACAACCUCCACCACAAGGGCCACCACUACAUCCAGGCUUUCCAAAUGCACAGCAGCAAUUACAGAUAGGACCACAGCCAAAAAAUCUUAAAGAUAUGUUGAGCGUGCUUCAGAGAACACAAGCUAUGAUGCUACAGUUGACUAUCAGAAUAGGACAACUGGAAUCAAGGCAGAGUAUGAUACUGAAAGGGAGAGAUGGUCGUGAUGGUCAUGAUGGUAAACAAGGGCUACCAGGAAGAGAUGGUCGUGACGGUAAAGAUGGCCCAAGAGGGGAGCCUGGUGUAAAUGGUGCUCCAGGACAACCAGGAAGAGACGGCAAAGAUGGGGAGGAUGGCAAACCAGGACCUAAAGGUGACCCAGGGAGCUCUGGAGCGAGAGGUCCUGUGGGACSCAAGGGUGACAAUGCAGGGGGUCUACAGUAUAUUCGCUGGGGAAGAACAAAGUGCCUUGGUGACAGCGAGUUGGUUUAUUCAGGUCGUGUAGGAGGAGAAUAUUACCAAAUGAAAGGCGGAGGAACGAACUACCUGUGUCUGCCAGAGAACCCCAAAUAUGGCAAAUACAAGGAAAGGUUUCAAAAAGGUGGGAUCGUGUUUGGCACAGAAUACGAGGUCAAGGCCUUUAAUCCAUUCAAUAAUAAAAACCUCCACGACCAAGAUGCUCCUUGCUCUGUCUGUUAUGUCAAGACCCGCAGUACCAAGCUUAUGAUCCCGGCAACAAACGUGUGUCCCGCGGGAUGGAAGCAAGAGUACAAAGGCUACCUGAUGACAUCAUUCCGUGGCCAUCAUCCGAGUGAGUAUAUCUGUGUCGAUGAGGAAGCAGAAGGAAUUCCUGGAAGUGGGAGGAGUCUUAAUGGCGCGCUGCUGUACCCGGUAGAAAGCAAAUGUGGAACUCUGCCGUGUGCGAAGUACCUCAACGGUCGUGAACUGACUUGUGUGGUGUGUAGCAAGUAAUCCGACCUUGCAUUCGUAGUCAUCACUUAUAUAACAUGAAGUCUUGUAGUGUGUGUCAAGUAAACUGACUGGUUACUUAGAGAUUGCGUGGUGUAAAAAAUGUUAUGGUGAUGAAUAGAUAAGGUACCAAUAAAUCAUUAAAGAUACAAGUAUCGCG